CAUAAGCUAGGUAUUCCAUUCUUUUCUAUUAUCUCACAUUUUCGUGUCAUGGCAACACCUUCGAGCAUCCCUCUUGCAUUCACCGUUCGACGAUGCAAACUCGAACUUGUCGCUCCGGCCAAGCCUACACCACAUGAACAAAAACUAUUAUCAGACAUUGAUGAUCAAAAGAGUCUUCAGGUCCAAUUUCCAGCGGUCCAAUUUUAUCGGUACGAACCCUCCAUGGAAGGGAAGGAUAUUGCUAAGGUUAUUAAGGAGGCACUUGCACAAACCCUAGUCUUUUAUUAUCCAUUUGCUGGUAGACUAAAGGAAGGUGCUAAUGGUAAUCUUAUAGUAGAUUGCAAUGGUGAAGGUGUGAUGUUUAUAAAGGCUGAUGCUGAUGUUACACUUGAACAAUUUGGUGAACCACUUCAACCACCAUUUCCUUGCUUUGAAGAACUGUUAUUUGAUGUACCUGGCUCUCAAGCAAUGUUAAAUUGCCCAUUGCUGUUGAUUCAGGUAACACAGCUGAAAUGUGGUGGUUUCAUCUUUGCCCUUCGCUUCAAUCAUGUCAUGUGUGACGCCUUCGGCUUUCAACAAUUCAUGUCCACAAUUGGUGAAAUGGCGCGAGGUGCAGUCACUCCUUCCAUCCCACCUGUUUGGGAAAGACAUCUCUUAAAUGCUCGAGACCCACCACGAGUCACAUUCACCCACCAUGAGUAUGACCAAGUGGAAGCUACCGUCAUCAUGGACAACAUGGUUGAAUGUUCCUUUUUCUUUGGCCCCGUUGAAGUUUCACUUCUUCGUAGUCUCCUCCCUCUCCACCUUCGCCAUUGCACCAAGUUCGAACUCAUAAUAGCUUGUUUAUGGCGUUGUCGAACCAUUGCUAUAAAUCUCGAUCCUUACGAAAAGGUACGCAUGUUGUGCAUUGCUAACGUACGUUCCAAAUUCAAUCCUCCAUUGCCAUCAGGAUAUUACGGGAACGUUUUGGUCUCCGCAACAGCAAUUACAACAGUUAAAAACCUCUGCCAUAAUCCUGUUGGGUAUGCAGUGGAACUAAUAAAGAAAGCAAAAGCAAAUGUGACAGAGGAAUAUAUAAAAUCCACGGCAGAUUUAUUUGCGAUUCGAGGUAAAUCACUCAAUGUCCCGGCUGCUAUCGGGUCGUAUGGGAUAUCGGAUUUAACGCACAUGGGAUUCGAAAAUGUUGAUUACGGAUGGGGAAAGGCAGUGUUUGCAGGACCGGCUAAUGCCAUUGGAUUGGUAAGCUUUUUCAUACCAACCAAGAACAAGGAAGGACAAGUUGGCACUUUGGUGCCAAUUUGUUUGCCAGCAUUAGCCAUGGAAAGGUUUUCCAAUGAAUUGGACAACAUGUUGAAACACCACCAUAUUGAGGGUAAAAAGAGUAAAUCAAUUUUAAUUUCAUCUGCCAUGUAAAAGAAGUAAUAACUUCUUUGUAAUACCGGAGACCAAGUAAAAUACUUAAGUAACGUUAAAUACCAAGUAAAA